GUCAGCAACCCUUCUCCAGCCAACCAACUUCAAUAACACAGUCGCUGUUAUCUACGUUGCGAUAAUCAUAAAUCUGGUCUUUACCGCCGGGACAUUCCUAUUCUUAUUUCAAGAAAAAGAACAAAUACGUCAGACCCAGGAAGCACUCGAGAAAAAUCAAAUGAAAAAAAUAGAAAAACUCACUGUGGCCGAAAAACUCCUGAACAUGAGUAGGAGUGAGCUGCUGAAAGAAAUGAACACACUUUACUUGAACAACACAAAACUAGCUGAAGAGAUGGGGGUCCUGCGCAACGAGACCGAAAUCAUGCGACAGUCUUUUAUUCGGACUAAGAGCGAUGUAUCAAAACUAUUCAACUUACAAAGCUCAACCACUCGCACAGACGCUCGUCAGGAUUCGUCUUUGAAUACAUUGGAUAGGAAAGUUUCUGCGCUAUCCGUAGUGAGACUGGUUGGCUCAGGGCUGUCAUACAGAGGAAGAGUAGAAAUCUACCAUCAAGGAAUUUGGGGAACCGUGUGCAAUGAUUACUUUGACAGCAAAGAUGCAAAGGUCGUCUGCAAAAUGCUGGGGUAUGUAAAUGGUGGCGUUUCGUCUACAAAAUACGGGCAAGGUACCGGCAAGAUAUGGCUGGAUGAUUUAAGUUGCACUGGAACCGAGCCAAGCCUAUUUCAUUGUGCACACAAUGGCUGGGGAGCCCACAACUGUAAUCACGGCGAAGAUGUAAUGAUGUAUUGCUAUUAAAAGAACUUUACUAUUAAAACCAGGCGAUUAUGCUGAAGGAAUAUUUCAUCGAUUCCAAAUAAUGCAAAAAAUGAAUCCGGUUGGCGAAAAUUUUGAUUCCUUAUUGGUAUUAAUAAGAGAAUGAAUAUACAUAAAUGUACUGUAACCUUUAUCUUGUUUUCAACUUUCCUGUUUCUAACUAAAAUUCAUUAUUAACAAGCAACGGCGUGGCGAGAGGUUUUUAUUCGCGUGAUCGUUCCCAUAAUAGCUCAUUGGU